UUUUAAACCCAGGAAACAUUCGCCAUAAAACGCUGCCCAAUCGUGAACAGUUGGACUCUCAUUGUCAAAUCUUCAACGGUCAACGUUCAAUUCCCCCCCCUACUAUUUCCAUUUCUAAGUUCUAGCCAUAACAUAAUGCUAUUCUUCCCAAUUCCAAUUCCCCAUUUCUCAUUCUUCUUCUUCUUUACUUUCCUUCAUUUUGAACGUCUUCUUUUUCCUCCUACUAUUUUCCUACCUUUGACCCAACCCACCCUGUCAAAAAUUCUGUUCAUCCCCACCAUAUAUAUAUAUGUAUCAUUGUUUAAUUACUUCUUCAUAAUUCUUCACGCUGUUUUGUCUUCUUUGUUUAUAUCUAUAUAAAGUUUGUGUAUUGCACGCUUACAUUUUUAUUACACAUAAACACACACAACUUCCUCAAGUAAUCAUCAUAAUUGAUAUCCCUUCUCUAUUCUAAUUGGAGCUAUAUAAAGUAACCGGCUUUAAGCAAUCAAAACUUCAGAUUAGGCCAAGAAUGAUCUUUUCUUGGAGGCAGAAGAGAGCAAACCGCCGCAAUGGUGGUGGGAAGAAUGGGAAUUCUGAUGGGGGUAUUGAUUUGGAGUUAUCCAUUCCGACUCAUUUCCGAUGCCCUGUUUCUCUUGAUAUAAUGAAGGAUCCGGUGACAUUGUCAACCGGGAUUACGUAUGAUCGGGACAGCAUUGAGAAGUGGAUUGAGGCCGGCAAUCAGACGUGUCCGGUGACUAAUCAAGUGUUGAGGAGUUUCGAUCUGAUCCCGAAUCAUUCCAUCCGGAAAAUGAUUCAGGAUUGGUGCGUUGAGAAAAGGCCUUAUGGGGUGGAGAGGAUUCCCACGCCGCGGAUUCCCAUCACACCGUACGAGGUAACGGAGAUUAGUAAGAAACUAGAGGCGGCAGCUGAACGGAAAGAUGGGAAGAAGUGCCAGGAAUUGGUCGGAAAGAUCAAGGAUUUGGCCAGAGAAAGUGAGCGUAAUAAGAAAUGUAUUGUGGAAAACGGAAUCGGGUUUGUCAUAGCCUCAUCAUUCGAGUCUUUUGCAGCCGAUUCAGUGGAGAAAAACGAAGAAGUUUUGAAGGAUUUGUUGUCUGCAUUAACUUGGGUAAACCCGCUUGGAAUUGAAGGCCAAUCUAAAAUCGGAUCAUCAACUUCUUUGUUCUGCAUUGCUCUGUUUUUAAACGGUGAGGAUUUAUCGUCCAGGCAGCACUCUGUAACCGUCCUCAGGGAAUUACUUUCACAUUCUUCCGACAAGAAAUUCGCCGACGGCCUAAUGGAAAUCGACAGCGUUUUUGAAUCCCUGUUCAAAAUCGUUAAAGUUCCCAUUUGCCCUGCCGCAACAAAAGCUUCUCUCAUGGUGAUUUACCACAUGUUACAAUCCAGAAGAAGUGAGAAAUUAGCGUUGAAACUUGUGGAACUGGGCAUGGUUGAUUUGAUACUGGAAAUGCUUGUUGAGGGUGAAAAGAGCACAUCAGAGAAGGCACUUGGGGUUCUAGAAAGUAUCUGUAAUUGGAAAGUGGGAAGAGAAAAGGCAUGUGAAAACGCAUUAACCAUGCCAAUUCUGGUUAAGAAGAUUCUGAGGGUAUCAGAAUUGGCAACAGAAUUUGCUGUCUCAACUCUGUGGAAGCUCUGCAAAGAGGUGGAUGAUGAGAGCCCUGUGAUUGAAGCAUUGCAAGUUGGAGCUUUUCAAAAGCUUCUGGUGGUUUUGCAAGUUGGAUGUGGUGAAAUGACCAAAGAGAAGAUCACUGAAUUGCUGAAGCUGAUGAAUCUGUUCAGAAGCAGAUUGGAUUGUUUUGAUUCCUCAUCAAUGGGAUUCAAGUAUAUUCAAAGGCCAUAUUGAUUCAUUAAUCAUUUAAAAAACAAUUUUGACAGUUAAAUCAUUUGCUUUCUUUAGGAAAAGUUGUACAUGAAUAUAUACACACACAUGAUCACACACAGAAAGAUUGCAAUUUUAGUAUUGUUUCGUAAACCAUUGUACAAAUCAUACUGAUUGUUUUGACAAAACCUAAUCCCUGUUGGGAAUUCACGGAGUUCUUUUCGAUGAUCUUACACUUGUACAGUAAUCAGCUUAUUGUUUGUCAUGUUGAUUUUUCUUCAAUAAAUUAAACCUUCUUUUUUCAUUUGCUAAUUGGUCAAAAUCAGGCCGUCUCUUUAUAUAUUUUAUUGCACCAUGUUCCCUUUUUUGGAAGGAGUCAUAAGUAAGACUACUGUACUUUUGUCAAAAAUUCGGCGCUAAAUGAUGUAAGAUUAUUAGUUGGA